AUGGUCAAGUCCACUCCGCUGACGGUGGUUGUGGUGCUGCUGUUGAUUGCACACAAUGUCUACACCCUCUACAUUAUGCGCCUUGCCGUCGAACGGCCAGUGGGCCCCAGCAACGGUGAGAAGCAAGUGUUCACGAGCGGCCGCAUAGCGGUGGUGCGGCCAUUCAUCCCCUCCCACGUCGACCGGCUUGUCGAGGACAUGGCCUCGUGGGAGCGCCCCGAGUUCCGACCGUGCGCCCUGCCCGCGGGCAAUGAUGAUGGUGACAGGCCCGACCUGGUGCUGUACUUCAGCUACCCGCUCGACCAGUUCCCCGAAGUCGUGUCGACACUCCAGCGGGCCUGGGCAGCCGCGGCGUGGAGCCCCUGCUUCGCCGAGAUGCGGAUCAUCUCGGCCGGGCUCGACCCCGCGGCCGAUCGCUACCUGCCCAGCCAGAAGACCGCCGAAUCAGCCAAAGAUGAAGCCGAAGCCGAGGAAGCCAAACCACCAGCCCCAUCAGGGGUGGUGCUGAUGUACUUCAACCUGAUGUUGGACCCUGCGUUCGGGGAGGCCUAUGAGUACUUCCUCUACAUGGAGCCCGAUCUGACGGCCGUGCGGGCCGGGUGGCUCGACCAGUUCAGUCGCGAGUGCCAUGACGAGCUCCACAACUUUUGGAUGAAAGGGAGCAUCUACGCCGGACCCAAGUACGUGAGCGACGAAACAGACUCGCCCUGGCUGUUCCACAUCAACGGCAAUGCCAUCUACCACGUCGGCGACCCCGGGUUCCGGGACUACAUCAAGAAACUGCGGCAGCUGGAGGGUGCGUUGACGAAUCCAUUCGACGUGACGAUGUACGAGUUCCGGCGGCAGCGAUUCACCCUGAGCCAGCGCACCAUCCACCGCUUCCUGUACGGCGAGUACAUCCAAAACUACGGCGUGUCGGGCUACUCCCUGCGCCAGCUCCUGGUCGACAAGCCCCGCACCUUCCUCGUCCACAAGAAGCACAACUGCCCCGAAUGCGACCCCGUCGAGCCCUAG